GGUGGGGAGAGAUGGAGAGGGAGGGGAAAGUAACUCAGUUUUCAGUUUAGUAUUCAGCAGGUCAGGGAGCAUCUCCAGAGAGAAGGAGUGGGUGAGGUUUCGGGUCGAGACACUUCUCUCCAGGGAUGUUGCCUAUCUUCCUGAGUUACUCCAGCACUUUGUAUCUAUCUUCAAAAUUAAACACCAGAUAUUUAAAGCAGAAAGAUUAUGAAUUUCAAAUCCAGGUUACAGGUCGAAGCAGAAAGUAUGUAAAUAUUCAAGAACUGGAUACAUUGGUGAAGGAAAAGAAGGACAUGGGAAGAGGAUUGAUUUACUUCUCUGAAUGGAAACGGGAAUUUCUCCUCGUCAUUGUAUUUAGAGGAAGGAAACAACAGCCAUUUGCAAUGAGUGAGCCCUGCCAGAGACCAAUGUAAAGUAAGAAAGGGCUCCUAAUGUGGUACACUGAUUGAAAAACUGAGCUCAGCUGUUUAGAUCUGACAUGUCGUCAUCGGGUGUACCUAAAGAACGCAGUAGACAACGUCUUCAAAAUCCACUUGAAGCUUGGCGUAUGCAAAAUGAAGUAUUUACCCACGACACUAGUUUGGAAAUGGAUGAAAAAAAAGCCCUUUUGAAUGACAAUGGAUUAUACAAAUCCAAUCAUAAUAUAGUUCUUAAAGAUGAUCUUAGUAACAUUCUAUUGCUCUUAUUCCUCUAUGUCUUGCAGGGAAUUCCACUUGGUGUGGCUGGGAGCAUCCCACUAAUACUGCAGAGCAAAAAUGUUAGUUAUUCAGACCAAGCUAUUUACAGCUUUGUAUUUUGGCCUUUCAGUCUGAAACUGCUGUGGGCACCUUUAGUGGACGCUGCUUAUUUUUCAAGGUUUGGGCGGAGAAAGUCAUGGCUGGUGCCAACUCAGUAUUUUCUAGGCCUUUUUAUGUUUUUUCUAUCAUAUGAAGUGGAUGAAUUACUGAAAAGCAAUGAACACACCAGCCCCAAUAUUAUUAAACUUACAGCUGUGUUUUUUAUGUUUGGAUUCCUGGCUGCUACGCAAGAUAUAGCAGUGGAUGGUUGGGCAUUAACGAUGCUGUCCAAGGAAAACGUCGGACUUGCAUCUACUUGCAAUUCAGUUGGACAGACAGCUGGUUACUUUCUGGGUAAUAUACUCUUUUUGGCACUGGAAUCAGCUGAGUUCUGCAACAAAUAUCUACGCACCCAAUCUCAACCAACUGGAAUAGUCACCUUAGCAGAUUUUCUGUUUUUCUGGGGGAUAGUUUUCGUGGUGACAACAACUUUGGUAAUGGUUCUUAAAAAGGAAAACAAUGGACGAGCGGCGUUGCAUCAAGCUGCUCAGCAAGGAAUCAAGGAAACUUACAAGUCGCUCUUCAGUAUAAUAAGGAUGCCUGCUAUCUUAAAUUUCUGCUUCCUUCUGCUAACAUCAAAAAUUGGCUUCUCGGCUGCUGAUGAAGUGACUGGACUGAAGUUGAUUGAAAUGGGAGUGCCUAAAGAGCAGUUGGCUAUACUUGCAGUGCCCAUGGUUCCUCUGCAGAUUUUACUACCCAUCGCAAUAAGCAAAUAUACAGCUGGCCAUAAACCGCUGAAUGUUUUUUAUUGGGCAAUGCCAUUCAGAUUAACCAUGGGCAUAAUAUUUGCUUUAUUAGUUUUUUGGACUCCAAUGGUAAAACAGGGCACAGAGUUUCCUACGUAUUAUUAUGGAGCGCUGUUGUUCAGUUAUGCCUUGCAUCAGGUGGCUGUUUAUAGCAUGUAUGUAGCUGUUAUGGCAUUUAAUGCUAAAAUUAGUGAUCCUUCGAUUGGAGGAACAUACAUGACUUUAUUGAAUACCAUCUCUAACCUUGCUGGAAACUGGCCAGCUACAUUAGCUCUUUGGUUGGUGGAUCCACUCACUGUCAAGAAGUGUAUAGGUGCACCUGAACAAAGCUGUAGAUCGGCAAUAGAUUCUGAGCUUUGUGUUAAAUCUGGUGGUUCUUGUUCAACUGUAAUGGAUGGCUACUAUGUAGAAUCUGCGUUCUGCAUUAUUUUUGGGUUCGGCUGGUGGCUCUGCAAUGGAAAGAAAUUCCGAAAUCUGCAGGAUGAACAUCCAUCCACGUGGCAGUGCAAGAGGAAUAAAUGAGGUCUUAGUGAUGGGAACAUUGGAGUUUUAUGAAAUUUAGACCUCAUGACCAAUAUUCAUGGAAACAAGGAGAAAAAAGAGUAUUUUAUCCAUUUUAUAAAGUUUAUUUUGAAUAGUUAAGUCUAUGCUACAACUGGUGAUGGUAUGCAUUGAAUUAAUUUUAAUGAUGCAUUUGUUUUUGUUUUCUUUGGUUACAGUACCUACCUAUGGUGCAAAAUUCACUUCAUAGAUAGCUAUCAGGUUACAUUGUUUCAGAUGCCAUACAAGACACAUUUUAAAAGUUGGUCCAAACUGAAUUGUAUUUUUGUGAGAGAAACUGGGUGAUUGACUAUGCAAGCUCACUGUCCCUCCACUGCAAGCACAAAUUAUUUAACGGAUUCAUAAGGCAAUUGUUUAAGAGCACAGUUGGUUAAGUAAAUCCAAUAAUCAUACUACCUCUCUAAAUCGAGGUCAAAUUUUGAAUUGAAAAUUCAUAUGAACAUUUUUGGGUCAAUUUACAUGAAAGAUACUAUUGUGCUAACUAUUUUUCCUGCACACAAUAUUGCAGUUAUAUAUCAUUGAAACUCUUUUACACAAUUGGACCGUAACAUGAUAGAGGAAGGAGUCUACAAAGAAUCAUCCUCGACAAAAAAUACCCAACCUCGUACCAUGUACCAUAAAUUUUUGUAUCUUCCCACAUGGAAAUAAAAGCAAUUUACCACAUUAAUGUAGUCCCACACCUAUUUCAACUAGUUAGAAUUUUAUAAUACAAAAUAACUUGGGACGAACUUUAAUGAAAUCGGAGCGGCAGAACAGGAAGAGAAAGUAUCCAACACUCAGUGGGUCAUGCAGCAUCAGUGAAAAGAGUUACAGAUCCUUUGUAUGACAAAUGUCCAAAAAACAGAAUAGCUUGUAAAUUGUACAUUAAAUUGAUUCCAUUCAAAAAGUCGACAUCUAUCUAUUGUCCGUCUAGUUAUUUUAAUUUCCAUAAUGCCUUUUUCAAUAUCAAAAUUGUCGAAUGAAAACAAGAUUCCAACAGUGAAAUGCUCUUAUUCUUUUAACUAAAGGAACUGCGUUAUCAUAUGGUAAUCAAUUCAAUCCAAUGUUUGUGAUUCAACUAUCUGUCCAGGCUUUGAGCACAUUAAUCUAGUGGGUCACCAUGGAGAUAUGAUCUUUCAAAUGAGGUGUUAAAUCAAGAACCAUAUCUUUUUUUUUCGGUGGUUGUGAAAUAUAUCAUGGAAUCAUUUGAAGUAGAGUUUGAAGUUGUCGUGAAGUUCUUAACAACUUUCAUCUUUCAUCAAAAGCUCCAGCAAAAGAUAAAGUGUUCAUUCAACUCAUUGGCUGUUUAUGGAAGAAUACAACGUUAGAAUUAGCUACUUUAUCUGGUAACAUAACAGUGAAAAAAUAAUUAAUUGGAUGUGGACUGUUUUAUGGCAUUCUGAUGUAAUGAAAUGUGAAAAAAAAAUCCAAGUUAUAUCGGAGGAAACAAUAUGCAAGCAUAGCAGCAGAAGCAUUUGAUCAUCAGUUUCAGAAGAACAUUAUAGUGACAAAAACCUACUUGAAUUUAAACAAACUUUGAAUAACUUAUGCUGAUUGCCACAUUGUGAUUUGCUUUAUUUAAAUCAUAAAAACAAAUCUUAAAA